UUACACGACGGGAGAGCAGAGCCUGCAGCCUGCAGAGCACUGACUGAGAGGGCUCUCUGUUCAUCCGUCACCAGUUAUUUAUUUAAAACACUGUGGUUUGGUUGUCGCCUCGUCUCCUUGGUUGCCACAACUGAGGCGGUGCUUGGCAUCUGUGUCGUAACGUUAGGUGGAGAAAGCUGCCAGGACAGGAAUUUUUACUGCACUUCCCUCAGAGAUUAUACCCCCCCCCCGGCUGUUGUCCUCCUCCCGGGGCAUUUUAAACCUAUUACGGUAGUUAUUGUGGACGGACAUGGCCGACAAUCUGAGGAGACUGACCAACACAUCUUCCUUCAGCGUCUUACAGGACAAGCUUGAGAGCUGGCACAAAGACUACCAUGUUAUUUCCUGUGACCAGAAUCUAAAUAGAUGUUGUGAGCUGAUUGAACUAACCUCCAAGAUCCAGGGCCAACUGUUCGCCAUCCUCAACCUCACAGCUACUGAAGGUGGACACUAUGCUGGAGUGGACACUCUCAAAAUGCGCUUGCUGCCGUGGCUUGGAACCUGUUUCUCAAUGGCGAGGCCCUCAGUCACUGAUGACACCAGUCUACAGCUCAUCCAGGAUUCAGUGGAAAAGAACAGAAGGAUCAGGGAGCUCUCUGCUUCCCAUGAUAGCGACAUGCUGAAGAUGGACACUGAGCUGUGCUCCACUCGCCGGCAGCUGGACUCUGUCAGAGCAGAAUUGGCCGAUGCUCAGAAUGAACUGGAUGAGACAAAGAGCAAAUCAGCAACCACUCUGCUGGCCACUGAAGACGAAAUAUUACAACUGAAAGCAGAUUUGCGAUCCGCACUCGAGCAGGUGGAGAUUUAUAAGAGGAAGCUGGAUGCUCUUGAUGACUAUGAACGGCAGAUUCGCUUGCUGAGAGAUGAAGUGUCCUACCUGAGCACAGAGAAGGCCAUGCUGCAGGAGAGGCUGGUGAGAAGUCGUUCUCCAAGCCCUUUGCCCAGGCUCAGUCGCUCUUCCAGCCCCAUGAGGAGUGAGUCUCCCACCAGAGCCCAGCUCACUAACUCCUCACGCCACGCACGCCUCGUAUCACGUUUCAGUGACCUGUAUGCUGUGGAGCGUCUGGAGGCCCAGACCCUGCUUCGACGCUACAUUUCAGACUUAGAGAUGGUCCAGAAAAUCAUCUUCAUUGCUGUCGUGGAAUCCUUUAAGACAGCAAAACUGGCUUAUCGUCAGUUCAAGCUGCGUGUGAGAAAGACGUUGUCCCCAUCCCACUUUGGGCCGGAAAGUCUGGAGGAUGCAGCUGUGGACUACAUUGUCAGAAACCUGGACCUCUAUGAUGUUCAGGCCAGCGUCAAUGAUGUGAUCAAUGCCAUGAAUGUGAACCCUCGGAUCUCUUUCCCGCCAGAGGUGGACUUUAUCCUCAUCAGUGCCAUGAUCAGGGACACAUGCAGGGUGGCCUUUGCCAUGCAGACACUGGACCCCCCACUUGACUUGGCAUUUGCCAGCGAUGGAGAACUUUACAACGACAUCAAGUAUCGUCGCAGCUACGACUCCGAGUUCACUGCUCCGCUGGUGUUGUACCAUGUGUGGCCGGCCUUGGUGGAAGGAGAUGCUGUGGUAGUGAAGGGCGAGGCGGUGACGAGAAGAGGUGCUCUGUGGAGCAGAAGCCGGAGCAGAAGUGCCAGCCCUGUACGCUCUCGCUCUCUCAGCCCAAGUCGCAGUCUUGCAUUUAACAGCAAAAGAAGUCUGUCUCCUGAACGUCUCACAGCAAGUCGCCUGUGAACUCUGGCCCCUAUGUCCACACCUGUACUUGAUGUCAGUGAAAUAAAGUUUCAGGUAUUUUCAACUCAGAUUUCAUCUGUACAGUAUGGUUACACGUAUGCUUCCACCAAAUAAUGCAAUACCAUCCUUAGAUACUGUACCACCCAAAGGCUGCUCGGAGUUUACAUUGUCGGAGGGCAGUUUAAAGGCACAUUGACCCUAACUAAAGGUCAGAACAUUAUAGAUAAUGCAAAAUAACCUGGCAGCUAACAGUUGUCUUAGUUUUCUAUAUUUACUCUGUGACUAAGGUUUUGAUAGAUAAUACUAACAGUCUUUUAGUGAUCAUCAGAAACUUAAAAGUACAUUUUUCAGGGGAAAACUUGACCUGCAUUGUAGCACUUUCUUAGGCUGACAGAGAACUAUAGCAAACAUAUUCAACCUUUACUCCUCUCUUCACUUUUCACCAAAAGUCAACAUCUAUGUAGCAGAUUUCUUGGCCGUGUUGUGACAUACAGUAUGGUGCUAAUGAUCAGUGCUAACUACAACUCCUCCAGUACUUGAGUGACUGAUAUUGGUCGUUGUGAUUUUUAGUGUUAGUGCUUGCUGUGUUUUUUAAGUUUAUUGUUUUUAUUUUUUGGUGCUGUUGUUUUAUAUUCUGAAAAUUACUUUUAGGUAAAGUAAGCACAGUAAGGUUUAAGAACAUUGCAGCGUAACAUAACAUGAAAUGUUUAUGACUGGAGAUGGUUUCGCUUUUUAAGUCUGAAAUAUAUUUUUUAAUCAAUUUUAAAUAGUGUUAUUGUGUACAAGAAUAGGGCCAAUAACUCUUUGCAGAUUUGUCUGUAUGCAUUCAAUAUGACAAUUCUUCUUUUUUCCCUCAUUUUCAACAUUAUCAUAUCCAAAACUACUGAACUUGAUUUGCCCCUGGAUGGCUUAGAUUUAGAAAUGAUAGCCAAUGCUAUAGGAUAAAUUCAUGUUGAUUUACCUAUGAUUUGAUUUGUGUUGUGUGAUGAAUAUAUUCUUUGACUGUGCCUUUUCUGAUUGCUUUUUCAAAAGAAUAAAUAAUAACCCUUUAGUUUUCA